CAACCGAUGUCGUGGCAACGGAGCCCCGAUAACAAGUUCUUGAUAGGUCACAUGGUGCUUAACAAGUCUGUUUGGGAGACCCCGAUCAGCCCGUCUUCCAGUGCGGCUGCCAUGUUGGGCCUGAAAAUCACCGGUGGCAAAUUCCUGUCGGCCACCGGAAGGAGAUGUGCGAUUAUCGAUCGCGUCCGGAAAGGCAGUACAGCUGACAUGGAGGGAAAUUUGAAACCGGGCGACGAGGUGUUGGAAUGGAAUGGUUGUCUAUUACAAGGAAAAACACAAAAAGAAGUAUCAGACAUUAUUUCAGAAUCAAAACAUUUGCCACAAAUUGAGCUCAAAGUGUCCAGGUCAAUACUUCCGAGAAGAGCAAGUUAUGGCACUCCAACUAAAGCUAAAACGAGUUCAAUGGGUCUAUAUGAUUUACGUAAAGAUAAACCUUAUGUAAUGGUUACUUCGCCGGGUAGUCCAGAACAUUUGGCUUCAAAUCCAGCCCGGGUCUUAAGGGCUUCCAAAAGUGUUAGCGGACCAAAUAGUUUAUACGUCGGAGGGAAGAUACAGGUCAAAUUAGGUUUUGACCCGCAAUCACUAAAGUUGGUSGUAACUAUAAUGGCCGCAUCAAAUCUGUUACCACGGUCUGAUGGUUCACCAAGAUCAGCAUACGCCAAAGUAUGCCUUUUACCAGAUACAAGUGAAAAAUCUAAACGAAGAACUAAAACGAUAGUGAAUUCCACUGAUCCUAAAUGGAAUCAAAAUUUUUCAUUUACAACUAUGAGAAGGUCAGAUUUAAAGUUUAAAGUUCUUCAAAUUUCACUAUGGGAUUAUGAUAACAACCCUACAAAUCAGUUUCUUGGAGAAGUACUGAUCGAAUUGGGGCUUAAGAAAUUAGAAAACUUGGCUGAAUGGUAUCCAUUGACUGCACACCAAGAAAUAACUGGAGAAGGAGGUAUUACAAUAGGUGAUUAUGAUAUGGAAUACUCAGGAGAACACUUGUCUCCACCAUCUACAUUAUCUCGACAAUCAGAUUCAGAUGCUUCGGAUGUUGAUGAUUGCUGUAGCGGACGACGAGUUGGAGCUGAUGGUGCAUCAAUAAGUAGCCUUGGUAGUUCCAUAAGCCCACCGCCUGAUUAUGAUCAUUUGGAUCGGAGGAAAAGUCGUAGGGAUAUGUCACCAUUACAAAAGUCAUACGUGUAUGGCACUACUCUUGAAAAAAAAUAUGGAUAUGAAGCCAGUUUAAAACAGCAGUCCGUACCAAUUCGAUCUAUAACAAGUGUUAGUCAUAGAUCGAGAUCUGCUGCACCGACUGAUUCUCCUAGCCAACAUUCUAGAUCACGAUCGAAAAGUCCAACCAUGCUCUCCGACAGAAGAAGUUUAUCUCCUCCAGAUUAUAGGUAUCCUGGAGGUAUUCAGAGCUAUAGGCAAGGUCCUUCAAGGUUCUUAGCUAGGUCAGCAACAGCUACUCCUACAUCUACCCCCAAAAAACGUCAACUUCCUCAAAUUCCAGGAACUAUGCCUUCUUCUUUAGAUGAACGAAUUCCAUAUUAUUUUGAUGACCAAACGUCAUCGGUUCGAAGAAGAACGAGACAAAUGCAACCUCGAAGAAUUCAGAGUAGAACAGGAGGCCUUGGUAGAUUACACCAUUAUGGUGGGUUAAGUGAUAGUGAUAUACCUAUGCAACAACUUCGAUCUCUGACACCUCCACACGUUAGAGGGUCAAUGAUGUCCAGAGGAGAAACUGGAGAUACUUGUGAUAUUGAUGAUAGCGACAGUGUUAUCAGCAGUGCUUUAUCUACGCAAUCUGAACAGCCCAGAUCGACGAUAUUUUGCUGCUGCAACGCCACCGAUUACCGCUACCCAUCAACGUCACAUUCACCCAGCUGUAGUUUUAGUAAAAGUAGUAGCAAGCGUGAUAGUAUACAUUUGUACCGUUAUAAUUCAUUUCCUGCUGAUUACUUUUUACUCCAUCCGAUAGACAAUAGACCGGUUUUAACGGAAAAUUCUCCGACUGAAAACCCAAAACCAUUAAAAAAAACACGAUUUAAUUUAAAUCAUCUAGAUAACCACGAUCCUCUUUAUGAUUCCGAUUCCGGGUUGGAUAUGCUAGGUUUUCAAUCACCUACAGAGAGGCAAAGAUCCCGUAGGAAAAGAAACCUUACUCUAGAUUUAGGCGAAUCAGUGUUAGACGUAGUGGGUAGCUAUAGUGGCGCUGCUGUAGCGUUUAGUUAUGCUUUAACCGACCCUUUAAAUGCUAUUGUCCAUGGCAGUGAUUAUGGAGCGUCGCACAGUAGAUCUGGAUCACAACAAUCUCCCGUAAUGGCACCAACAUCCGAUAGCAAAAGGGCUCAAUUUUCACGGAGCCUGUCUAAUGCUGAUGUACAGACAGAUAACAUAACCGAUUCUGGUAGUUCAGGAAAACGAAGAGGCGAUUCGUCUUCCUUAACAGAAAGUGCCGGUAAAAGCUCAGCUUCUGGGACCAACUCUUCCAAUUCCGGUAUGGGCAAAAAAAGUGCAUCAGCAUCUCAAUUAUCAGCAACCGGGCGCAAGCGUAGGUUAGGUUUUGGUUCGAAAGGAAAAUCUUCGUUUACGGUGCACAGAAGUGAAGAAGUGCUGCCUGGGGCAAGUCGACCCCUCGUCAAACAGCCGUCCAGCGUUUCUAGUGACGGUGAAGCAUCCCAAGACGGCGAAAGGUUAAUAAUCGCCGGUCAAUCCACUGAGGGUGAAGUGACCACGUUCAUUGGUAAACUUGGACCAGGGCAAAAAGUUAGUCGACAGAUAUUGGGGACUCCAUAUCGAGGUGACGUUAAAAUCGGAUUCAAUUUUUUCGUUAACUUUAUGGAAGUCACUGUUUUUGAAGCCAAGGAUCUAAUUAAUGUUAAAGAAACGAAAACAAAGCUUCCAGAUACUUAUGUCAAAGUAUACCUUGUGAAAGGAAAAAAGUGCGUGGAAAAACAUCGUACAAAAACAAUUAAAGAGAGCUUGCAACCUAAAUACAUGGAAAUGCUCAAAUUUAAAAGUUCCCCAGCUGGUUGUUUAAUCCAGGUGUCGGUCUGGGGAGAUUACGGACGCGAAAAAGGAAGAAAAGUAUUCAUGGGGGUGGCCGUGAUUUAUAUGGACAGCAUAACUACGAGUCCCGGAUCGUCAUUGACGGAGUGGUACAGGYUGUUCGGAUCGUCGUCGUUGUGAGUUUUGUUGCUUCAUUCUAUUGGGUUUCUUCUUUGGUGGUUGCAUGCAGACAACAUUUUUUUGUUUUUAAUUCCACUUAAAA